AUGGAGCUGGGAGAAACUCUCCUGCUCUUGCUGGUGGUUUGUAUUUCAACCUUCAUCCUCCUCUCAUCAUGGAGUCAAAUAGCUCGGAGAAGACAACUGCCCCCAGGCCCUGCGCCCCUCCCCAUUCUGGGCAACCUGCUGGAGCUGAAGGCCCAUGACAUGCUGAGGUCCUUCAAGAAGCUGAGAGACCAGUACGGGCCGGUGUUUACAAUUCAUUUGGGCCACCGACGGGUGGUUGUCCUCUAUGGCUACAAGGCUGUCAAGGAAGCACUGGUUGACCAUGCCGAAGAGUUCAGUGGGAGAGGGCACUUAGCCACAGUGGAUGACUUCGUUCAGGGUUUUGGAAUUGCUUUCGCCAAUGGAGAACGCUGGAAACAGCUCCGCCGAUUCACACUCAGCACCUUGCGGAAUUUUGGGAUGGGGAAACGGUCCAUUGAAGAGCGGAUCCAGGAGGAGGCCCAGUUCCUGGUAGAAGAAUUCAGGAAAACGCACGGCUCGGCCUUUGACCCCACAUUCAUUCUGAGCCGUUCCGUCUCCAAUGUCAUCUGCUCCACCGUCUUUGGCCAACGCUUCGACUAUGAAGACAAAGACUUCCUGUCAUUGUUGACCAAGAUAAACGAGAACUUUGUGUUGAUGAGUGCCACCUGGGGACAGUGCUAUGAGAUGUUUUCUUGGAUCAUGAAAUUUGUGCCAGGACCCCACCAGCGGAUGUUUCAGAACCUCAACAAUAUCUACGACUUCGUGGCCGAGAGGAUCAAAAUGAACCAGGCGUCGCUUGACACUGAAAGCCCACGGGACUUUAUUGACUGCUUCCUUAUUCAAAUGGAAAAGGAGAGCAAAAACCCUUUGAGUGAGUUUCACCUUAAGACGAUGAUCAUGACUGUCCUCAACCUCUUCAUUGCUGGGACAGAGACGGUGAGCUCCACGCUCAGGUUCGGAUUCCUGAUUCUGAUGAAAUAUCCCGAGGUGCAAGCAAAAGUGGCCCAAGAGAUCGAUGAUGUGAUCGGGAGGAGCCGCGUGCCGAAAGUGGAGGACCGGACUCAGAUGCCGUACACGGAUGCUGUGAUCCAUGAGAUCCAGAGAUUUGGUGAUGUCAUCCCCAUGAACCUACCUCAUGCCGUGACCCGGACGAUGCAGUUCAGGGGCUACACUUUGCCUAAGGGAAUUGACGUCUUGCCCUUGCUGACCUCUGUGCUGAGAGACCCCGACUGCUUCAGUGACCCCGAAAACUUCAACCCAGGUCAUUUCUUGGAUGAGAAGGGUCACUUUAAGAAGAGUGACGCCUUCAUCCCCUUCUCCACAGGGAGAAGGAUCUGUGCUGGGGAGGGCCUGGCCCGCAUGGAGCUCUUCCUCUACCUGACGUCUAUCCUGCAACAUUUUGCACUCACAUCUCCUGUUGACCCCAUGGACCUUGACCUCACCCCGCCAGUGAGCGGCUUUGCAAACAUUCCCCCCACCUACCCGCUCUGUGCCAUUCCACGCUGA